GCUUGAGCCCAUUUAUUCCUCUCUGGUAAAAAUCUGUGAAAGCAACUGCUGUUCACUUUCACACUCAGACGAGACAUUCUAAGCUCUGAAGAAACAUACAGAGAUGAAGUUUCUGAUACUGUUGGCAAUUUUAAGUGGGGUGUUUUCUGCCCCUUUUGUGAAAGAAGAAGCAGCAAAAAGAUUCAUCAGGUUGAAGAGACAGGCAGGACACUGGGAUCCACACAGCCCUCAGAACCAGUGGGGAUUUACCCUUCAGGAACAGGCUAAUGAACAGUGGACAGCUCUUCGAUCAGGUGCUCAGUACUACAUGGACAUGGGUAACCUGAUGUUUGACCGCUCCGUGGCUGAUGAAAACUACAGGAUGUACAUGGAGAUGCUGCGCAACAUGCAAGCGCACCUGGACAGCCAGACUCGUCAACACAGGUAGACGAGAGGGGAGAGUCAAGAUAAAUGACCUCAUGAUGUGAACUUAGACAAGAGCUUGCUAAUAAUAAAAAAAAACAUGUAUCUUCCUGUAGUUUGUAAAAUUUACCUCCCUUUAUAUGCUGGUGAUACUUGUAACUUUGCAUUUAAUUUCUUGUCUCCUUUAUGCACCUUUUAGAAAACUCCCAAUAAACACGUUUUACAAUGUUUAAGUGAGGCUGCAGCUUCACCAACAAAAUACCUGUCCAUUAUGUAAGGUGUGUCAAAGAAAAUAUUUUGUCACAUUUUAUUAAAUAAAUAAAAUUCCUUUUCUAAAUAACUUUUUUCCUAACUUAGAAUGACAAUAAUUCUUUUCGUUAUUAUAAUAAAUACAUUCUGGAACCAUU